UUUAUUUUGUUGCACAUGGAGAUACCUGCUAAUAUUUAUCCUCUUCAUGUUUCUCUUAAUAAUGGAUGUCUAAGAAUAGAAUGGAGUGACAAUCAUAUAUCAAUAUACAGUGAAAGUUGGUUGUUUCAAAACCAUUAUAAUAAAUCACUAGAACCUUUUCUUAUCAGUGAUAUAAAAUGCCGCUAUUGGGGUAAAGAAAUACAAACAAAUGUUCCUGAGUCAAUUCAUUUUGAAAAUGUAUGUAAAGAAAAAGAAGAUCUACUAAAACUUCUAGAAAAUGUUGCAAUAUAUGGCUUUGCAAUUGUAAAAAACACCCCAACAACACUUGAGUCUGUUCGAACUAUUAGUAAUCUUAUUGGGUAUCCACGUAAGACUUUUUAUGGUGAUGUAUGGUUAACAACAAACAGAUCAGAAGAAGAUAUGGAUCAUGCUGACUUAGCAUAUUCAAAUGUUGCUCUUCCAUGUCAUACUGAUGGAACAUAUUUUUUAGAUUCACCUGGCCUACAGAUGUUUCAUUGCCAUGAACAUACAGGAACUGGUGGCGAGACAGUACUUGUAGAUGGUAUAGGUGCUGCUGAAAAGUUAAAGCUUACUAAUCCCGAUGCUGUGGAGUAUUUAGCCAAGACAUGGAUUCCUGCCACAUAUUAUGAGAAAGAUCGUUGUUCAAAAGCUUUAGGGCCUAUUAUAAAGAUAAACCCGUACUCAAAAGAAAUUUAUCAAGUCAGAAUAAAUGAUGGAGAUCGUGAUGUUUUGAAUUGCUUAUCAUUUGAUGAAAUUGAGAAAUUUUAUAAUCAUUACAUUGCUUUUUUGGAUAUCAUAUAUAGCAAGGAACAAGAGUUUCGACUUAAACUAACUCCCGGAAAUUUAUUAAUUGUCAACAACUGGAGAGUUCUUCAUGGACGCACCUCAUUUACUGGAAAACGUAGUUUAAGUGGUUGCUAUAUCAACAUGGAUGACUACUUAAGUACAAUUCGUGUCUUACGCGAACAUUUACGCGGAAUACCUUCUAAGUAAAAGAAAUAAAAAGUUUAGAUAUUGUUACUAAUUGAAAAUAUAUUUUAAUUUUUCUCCUUUUGAAUACUUGAAAAAUUUACGAAAUUAUAAACAUUUAAUGUUCUGAUACAAAAUUUUUAUUACGAUGUUUUUUUUUUUUUAAGUUUUUAAAUAAUUUUAACAAUAAAAUAUUUUAUUGCUUCAAAUAAAAGUUUUAUUAGAAUUUUUUGUUUUAUUGGUUUUUGGUGAUCAUUUUAAUAAGCUUUUGUUGUAAUAUAAUAUAUAAAAGUAAAAUAUAAUAAAAAAAAUAAUUCGGUGAAUUCGAUGGAAAAUUAGUAACUCGGAUGAGGAUAUAUCAUCAACAUAUUUUGGUGAUGAUGGAAAAUGACUUGGUGUUGAAAUGUCUGCAGUUUUGACAAGUUAAAAAUGUUUAGUUAAAAAAUUAAAUUCGUUUGUUUGUAAAAUUCAUA